AUGCCUGUGUUGACAUUGCUGGAAGAUGUGAGGAAUUGGUGCAUGAAAAGGAUGGGUUCCAGGUUCGAUAAAGCAAUAAGCAUGGAACCUAAUGAUCUAACAGAGCAUGCAAAGGGGGUGCUGGCGACUAGGACUGAUGAUUCUAGGUUCUGCCAUGUCAUCCCAGCUGGUGGUGGAGAGUUUGAGGUGAGGGAUGGCCAUGUCAAGUUCCCCGUCACCCUUGGAAAUAUGACUUGUGGGUGUGGGAAAUGGCAAGGAUCAGGGAUCCCUUGCAAGCAUGGGCUAAGGGUCAUUUACAACCAGAGACUUGAUCCUAAAGACUUUGUCUCACCUUUCUACAAGGGGGCUGCUUACAAACUCACUUAUGGAGACCACAUCCACCCCAUGGCUGAUCCAACUCACUGGCCUUCACUAGAUGUGCCAGAAAUUGCACCACCCCAAGGGAAAAGAAAUGCUGGCAGACCACCUAAGCAAAGGAGAAAAGCUGCUCAUGAGGCAAAAAAAGGAAAGAGGCAUAAGAAUAACAAAUGCAGCCUAUGCAAAGAACUAGGCCACAAUGCAGUGACAUGCAAGGCAAAUAAGGCAUCAUCAAAGAAGACAGCACAUGCAGCUUCCUCUUCACAGCAAGGCAACACUAGGGGGAAGAGAAAGGCUGCUACUUAG